AUGCGCUUUCUUACUCCUCUCCGCCCGACAGCCCGCAUCGCGCCGCGCCUCACAACCCUCCAUCCCUUCCACCAAGCUCGCACUCUCCGCAAGGAAGAUGUCAAGGAUAGCAACGGCAGUUUCGGCGAUGGGCUUGCAGAGGGAGAAGCAAAGGGCCGCACAGGCGGUGGCAAGCCUCUCGACGCAUCCUCCAAGAACGCACCCCCUCAGCCCAAGGUGUCGAACCAGAGCAUCCCCGGCAACCAGACGGACACCUUGACGGAGGAGCAGAAGCGAGAGGUGGAGGAACACAACAGAGACUUUGACGCGAAGCACGAUAGGGGCAACACUGCGCCGGGGGACAAGGUUGAUAAGAAGUUCUGGGGAGGAGCGCAGCAUGGCGAGAAGGAUAAGGGGAACGUGAAGCCGGAUGGUGAGAAGUGA